AUGGCAGGCUAUAUUAAGCGGGUGGUGGUGGAGCAGGGAGGAGAAGGAGGUGUUGUUGUUGGUGGUUCUGGCCACAAUGGAGGCUUUGAUGUUGGAGGAGGUGUAGGCUUUGGUGUCGGUGGUGGUGUUGGAGGAGGAGGUGAUGGUGUUGGGGGUGGAAGUGGAAGUGGAGUUGAGGGUGGAUUAUGUGGAGCUGAUGGAGGCAUAGGUAGCGAAGAAGUAGUUGGAGGCGAGGGUGGAGGAGGAAUAGGUGGGGGUUCAAGUCAUGGUGGUGGGUUUGGAGUUGGUGGAGAUGUAGGAGAAGGUGCAGGUAUAGGUGGUGGUGUUGGAGGAGUAGCAGCAUGUGGUAUUGGAAAAAGGCAUGAAGCUGGUGGUGGUGGUGGAGGUGGAAUUGGGAUAGACAUUAGAGUGAUUUACCAUUCUAUCCUUUUUCAAUUAAAGUUAACCGAUGGAUCUUAA